AUGCGAAAAACUAUAGAUCACUGUCUUGCCGAUAUCAUCCUAGCUCCUCCAGGACGACCCUUGACCGAUCUCGAGUACACCUACGAUAUUGUGAUAUUUGCGAAAAGCAGCACAAAGUUUCAAAAUGCUAUGGACCACGUAUCGAAGCUAGCCUCAACCUAUGCAUUGUUGUUCGAUGUUAUAUUCGUCGAUGUUCACGAAAAAUUCGACGUGAUGUACCGAUAG